CAGCCACAAUGAAGAACUCCUCUACAUUUCUGGCAGCCACUCUCUCAAUGGUCAUUUUUCUCCUUCUAAUUCCUGAAGAUCUCUGUGUAAAAAUUAUUGGAGGAAAUCAAGUGACUCCUCAUUCAAGACCCUACAUGGUGCUACUUCAAGGGAAAAAUAUCUGUGCCGGGGCUUUGAUUGCAAAAGACUGGGUAUUGACUGCAGCUCACUGUAACCUGAACAGAAGAUCCCAGAUCGUUCUUGGGGCUCACUCAAUAACCAAGAAAGAGCCUGAAAAACAGAUCAUGUUCGUUAAGAAAGAGUUUCCCUAUCCAUGCUAUGACCAGGACACGCAUGAGGGUGAUCUUAAACUUCUAAAGCUGAACAAAAAAGCAACAAUUAAUAAAAACGUGGCUAUCCUUCCUCUCCCUAAAUUGGGGGAUGAUGUGAAACCGGGAACUAUGUGUCGAGUUGCAGGGUGGGGUAUGUUUCACAAUAAUUCACCUCGGUCUGAUAUUUUGAGAGAGGUCAAUGUCACCGUCAUAGACAGAAAAAUCUGCAACGAUCAAAGGCACUAUAAUUAUAACCCUGUGAUUGGACUGAAUAUGAUUUGUGCCGGAAGCCUCCAAGGUGGAAGAGACUCCUGCAGUGGAGAUUCUGGAAGCCCUUUGAUAUGUGAAGGCAUUUUCAGAGGCAUCACUGCCUUUGGCCUUCCAGGGAAAUGCGGAGACCCUCGAGGACCUGGCGUCUAUAUUCUUCUCUCAAAGAAACACCUCAGCUGGAUAGCUAAGACUAUGAAACAUGCAGUUUAGAUAACCGUAUUUCAUUUCAUUUGCUGUUACUUCUUUUUUUUAAAUUUUUAUUAGAGUAUAGUUGACUUACAAUGAUGUAUUAGUUUCAGGUAUACAGCAAAGUGAAUCAGUUAUUCAUAUACAUAUAUUCACUCCUUUUCUUUAGACUCUUUUCCCAUAUAGGCCAUUACAGAGUAUUGA